AUGACGACAAAUCAGAGACAUCGUAGUCAGCCCCCAGUUCCAGAGCCUGAGUAUGACAACCUGGAGAUCCGGUGCACUUGGAGUGGGGAGUAUGAGGAAGUAUCGAAUAUUAGAAUUUCUCUGGAGGUCAAAUGUGUCCCAAACACGCAGCUUCAGCUGUUGAGUUUACGCAGCCCCGGCAUAUUUUUCGAAGAAUCCUUUCUAGAACGCCUUCCACAAACCGAAGAUGAUACAGGCGACCUGGACGAUACGAAAACCCCACAAAGCCCUCUUUUUGGGUUCUCCCCUCUUGUACGCGACGCCAGCCGUGAUACUGGACUGUUCGUUGAUGGCUGCUCGGGUUGCAUACCAGAAACCCUGCCAAUUGUGGAAGAAAAGGAGCAGGCACUUGUAGCGAGUGGAAGCAUUAAGAACGGCUCGGAUGCCCGCAGUGCUGAAGUUGUUCUGGGAAAUCCUGUACCUUCGACGCCAACUACUAGAUGCCGAUCUGAUUCAGUUGCGUCUGAGGCCGAGAGCUUCACUAGAUCACGAAAGAGAAGCGCCAGUGACGCCGAGCUUCCUGAUUCUGGGUCAGAUGUGGGCGACACGCAUGGAGUUCUCAAGGAUAUCAGUAACCAUAAAAUGCGGCAAAAGAGUCGGUUCGCACCAGCAAGUCCAGCGGAUCGACCUACGGAAAGUUUGUCAUCGGAGCAUUUAGAUGCCUCACACAAACAAAUGGAGAGUCCCAGAAGCCCAAAAAAUUUGGGCGCAAGGAAAUCAGGACCGACGAAAACCACAGGCCUAACUAUCCCCAAUGAAAACGCCAGUCCUAGAAACCCGAGUAGAUCCACUGUUACAGAAGCAUGGCUCAUGGACAAGUUAGUAUCGCCAGGAAAGUCCACGCCCAAAGGGAAACAGCCACAGAAGUCCAGUCUCAUUCCUAAGCCAGCAUCAACUGGCAGUUCAGAGACUUUACAGUUAACAAGUUUUGCUACCACCGCCGUGGGAUUCCAUCUGACGAGUAGAGGUGCCCUUGAAGACCAAGCACCGGCAACUGCUACUCGCAAAGCACAAUCAGUUAAGGAAACCAGGGUCCGCUUUCAAAUACCCAACGACGCGCCAACUGUCACAGAACGUUCCGAAGGCCAGAUAUCGUCGCCAGCUACAUCUAGGGAGCUGGGAGCCGCUAUGGAACGGACUAGCCUUAUAUCUAGCGGCAAGACGAGAUUAUGUUACGUACCGGGGAAUUCAGGAGAUUCCCGCCGCCCCGGGGAACGUACCGACGUCGAACAGCCGGAGCCAUCCGAUCAGCCAGAAGUGGAAGUGGUAAAUGGGCUGCUUAUCCUCAGAAACUCUAAACGGGUACUUCCAGCAACAUACAAGGUCACUAUAAUUGCAGCCCGCUCUAUAUACUAUCCGAACGAACAGGGAUGGAGCGAUCUGGAAAUCCCGGGAAUUCCAAGAACAAAGAGUGGCAGGAUUGGGGUUCUCCUCUUCCUUAUGCCUGCUCAGCACGGACUUGAGAUUCGGACCACAGAUGUUAAUAGAGCAACUAUUGUCGAAGACUGCCUCAUUGCGGAGUUCGUUAGCACUGGAAACCUAGUGAUCCCCCUUCGCCGAUGCAGCAGAGAGUUCUGCGGCGAAAUUGGUGAUUUCACUGUGGACCAGGAAAUCAUUUCCCAGAGUAUAGUCGGAGUCGCAACUACACCCGGACAAAGUGAUCAGUCAGUUAUCCAGAUGAGAUGCCAUGCAGCGUGCUCCGUACGACUGUACAACCGCUGUUUCUGGAGUAAGAGGUGCAUCAUUCCCCUUUGUGUGGAUGGUGGUCCAAGUGGUUUCUUCUAUUGUGACCUGACUUCCCAGCAACGGGUUACGAAGAGUAUCUGCAUCACCGCCAGGAGGACCAAAAUUGGAGUCUCCCGUAUCCGUGUGGUCUGCUCGCCAAAAGAUAUUGAUAGGCUCUAUCUGAGAUGGACGAUAGAGUUCCCCGGUCGCAGAGCAGCGUAUUGGAUUCCACGAAUAUAUCCAGCAUUGUCGACGUCUCAUGAGCUCAGUCAGCACUCGCUGCGGUACAAAUUGUUGGAAGUAAUGAACGACCCGUCAUACUUGUACUCCAGGAUUGACGCCACCGAAGUGAACUGCGACAGUAGUGAAAUCGCUCAAAUAUACAGGGACUAUGAGCAGGCUCCUGACGACGUGAGCGAGGAUGCGGAAAGUAUUCUUUCGCAGCCUGCGGCAGCUUCAAACGCAUCGCGGUCUAAAUGGACAGCUGAGAUGCAGGAUGGCCUGAACCCGAGCCAUUUUCUGAAGCGAGUUCUGGUGGGAGUACUUUGCCUUGCUGUGUUACGGUUCGCUUAUGUUAAGCUCCCCGAUCGAAGUUCCAGGACGCACCCGUCUUCAAUGGGGCACGUGGAAGUUUUGCAGCAGACAGAGCAAUUACCGUCGUUUCAUUCUUUGGAGACGCAGUUCAAAGACUAUCAAAAAUGGCUCGGUAAUCUUGACUCAAAACCCAAUUUGAACGCAUUGGAUGAUGACAGACAUGCGGCCAGCCUUGCGGGUGGUGAGGAAGCAAAGAUGCCUGCCAGUGAUGGAAAACAAAAUGCGCAGAGCGUGGAGAUGGAGGUAAAAGUUGAGGAGCGUGCAAAGCCUUCAGUCUCUCUUAGGGACAGGGUCGAUUAUUGGCUAGGUUGGACGGGGCCUGUUUAA